AUGGAAUAUGGCGGGCGUCGGCCGCAGUGGGAGGGUGGAGCAGAUGUGGCUCUGGAGGGCGAGUUGGUGGAGAAGCGCGAGGGCGCUGAGCUUCUCUUAAAGCUGCAAAACCAGCUCCGUAGCGGCAUUCUCUCCCAGGACCUGCUGAAGCCUCCCCAAGGUGUCCUUGGAGAUGUUGAAGGUGUGAUUUGUAGGUUAUGCAACCUUUCAUUGCCCUUCCAUGGAUGUCUUUUAGACUUUGGAACCUGCAGAACAAAACCUGGUCAGUACUGUUUUAAAGAGUAUCACAUUAAAGGUGGAAUUACCUGGUUUUCUAUUAAAGGCUGCACAGAGACCCAAGAUGAUUGCUUCAAGAGAAGUAUGGUCCAUGAUAUCAUCCAGACUUCUCACUGCUGCCACCGUCCGUUGUGCAACUUCUGA